AUGAUACUUGGAUUCCCUGCGGAAGGAUAUGCAUACGGCAUUGGCAUUGCAUAUCAAGUAGUUGGACGUAGUGCUGCUUACAUGUUUACGGCUCUGUUCAUUGUUCCUGUCUUUCACCCGUUAAAAUUGACAAGCGUGAAUGAAUAUUUUUGUUUACGAUACGGGAACAAUGCUGUUCGUUAUAUGACUCUAAUUGCUGGAAUGAUAUAUAGUUUAUUCUACAUGGCAACAGUGAUGGUUGGUACAUGCGUUGCUCUCGACGUCGUUAUAGGAAUUCCUUUCUGGGGGACAAUACUUAUUUAUACUAUUGUCACUACAAUAUAUACUUCAGUUGGCGGUAUUAAGGCCGUAAUUUGGACAGAUUUAUUUCAGCCUACAAUAAUGCUAACUGGAAUGACAGCUGUUCUUGUUAAAUCAACAACUGAUACUGGAGGAGCAGAAAAAGUUAUUGAAUACGCAAAAGACAGGAUCGGUUCGACAGACUUCAGAUCUGAUCCAACAAUCCGUUACCAGGUUUGGAGUACCUCCUUUGGAUCAUUCAAUGCAUUUCUGUACGUAACACUUAUGCAGCCAGCAAUGCAAAGAGUUUAUUCAACACCAACUGUUCAAACUGCACGUAACCUGUAUUUUAUAUCCACGCCGUUUUAUUGUGUCUUUAUGUUAAUGGCAACAUUUGAAGGUGCGACUAUAUUUGCCUACUACAUGACAAAACGAUGUGACAUUUUAGGCGCGGGCGUUGUAGACAACAUCAAUGAAAUUUUGCCAUUUGCUGUCCUGGAUCUUUUUCAAGACUUACCCGGAUUAGCAGGAUUGUUCACAGCUUCUUUAUCAAGUGCAGCUCUCAGUACGAUGUCAUCAUUGCUCAGCAGUCUGUCUGCAGUAACAUAUGAAGACUUAUAA